AUGUCUUCACUUUCAGGGCCUUCCAUGGGCUUCAACGAUCCUGAACGUCUGAAAUUAAUAACGGGAAUUCUAGAAUCUAUAAGGUCAUACGAGCUAGCCGCGGACAUCCCCCAAGGAACCCUACAGAUCAGUACACCGAUUUGGUUUGGGAUGUGGCUCGCAGAUAUAUCGGAACUCCAAUGGUAUUCCCGAGAAUUUGAUCGUGAUGUGAUGACGACGUUGUUGCGACACAACGGGGGGAGCUUCGCAAGAAUUCUUACAAUGUGUACAUAUAGUAUCUUUGCUUACGAGCAAAUGGGCUCACCUAGGAUUAUAGAUCUACCCGGGUCUGGAACAGGAGAAAAGUUCGCAGCGUCACAACCAGGGACAGGUGCAGUCACCCCAGUACGGAGUAUGGAAAGCUCCUUAGCAAACAGUCCUACGGCAUCUCGUAUAGCGCCAAUAACGACGCCUGCAGAAAGUUCCCCAGCCCAGCCCGUCGCAAAGAAGCGCAAAUAUGAAGCUAUGGAGCCUCCUAGCUCUCCCAGUAUAUCAAGUAAGAUUAAGAAGGAGAUCAACAGGAAAGAUUGCCUUGAUCGGGAUCGAGUUUGUAUCAUCUCCAAGGCGACAGAUCCCUUGCAUGCCGCCCAUAUAAUACCGGCUUCGGUUUGUGACACUACUACACCUACCAAGAAGCUCAAGUUCCUCGAAUUUAAAGCCUUGCUGAGGAUGUUUUGGUCGCAAGAGACAAUCCAGAGAUGGCUCGAAGGCAAGAAGAGUAUCCUCAUGUCAGUAGGAAAUCUAGUAGCUCUGAGUCCCACUUGUCAUACAUAUUGGGACAGAGCGCUGUUUGGUUUGAUGCCAUUCCGGGUAUCAGAAGACCAUAAGUCCAUGGAAUUGCAUUUUUACUGGCUAUGUGGCAAGGGACUUCCCGCUACCGGCAAUUCAUCGCUCCUGAUCAAUGACAGUGAAGGAAAUUCUACUAUAUCACCAAUAAUGAUGCCUGAAACAGGCCAGAAGGGAGGAAGAGCGCACCAUGUUGAUGUAGCCACUCCUAAUCUGAAACUCUACAAUAACGAUUCAGAUACUGUCAUCUGCUCAGGGGAUACCAUUAUUAUCACAACACCAGAUCCCCAAAACCUACAGCUUCCUGAUGAAGGUUUCUUUGCCCUCCAGUGGACACUCCAUCGGCUGGCUGCAAUGUGCGCUGGUGCAGGCUGGCAGCCAGCCGAUAGAGACGAUGAUGAGGAUGAUGAUGACGAUCUGUGUCUCGAUAAUUCAGUUGAAAGCCCUACACCAAUUUCAGAACGGGUUAGCAAAUGUCACUUGAGAGAGGUUAAGAAGUCUUAUUUCCAAAAGGCCAUGGCAGAUGCACUCAGCUCGUGGAAUGUCGAUCAUGCCUACUGA